CAAAACAAAAUUCGUUUUGCAGAUCGCGCGCGCAAUAAUUUUUAAGGGAAGGUCUCGCACCAAAGAUAAGUGAAGCAGGUCAAUAAUAAUUAAUUUGUAUUUUGUAAAUUGUUGGCAUUGUUUAUUUUGUUUAGUUUAUUAUUGAAAACUUAUUGCGGAAAUGCCCAUCUACAUAAGAAACCCAAAUCCACAUGGAGACAUUGAGGAGUGGUGCAUUGUUGAACUUCAAGGUGAUUUGGAGGUGCGCGGUGAUCGCCUCAUGGACGGACAGUUUAUCGGAGACCUUCUCUACAAUAAGUAUGGACAGCCGGUUCUUAUAAUCGGUCAUCAUAUCCUGCAAGGACGAUUGCAGAAAAUCGACAAACCCCUGCUGGUGAUGGAGAAAUGCGAAACCCGGAAACGACACAUCACCGAAUCGGGCAACGAAGCUGACGACCCGGAAAACGAAACCAUGCUGGACGUCAGUCAGGUUAGCCACCUGGACAGCACGAUUGCCUCCUCCAAUCGAACCAUUCUGGAUUCAACGCUGGCUGUGGAACACAAAACCAUCCCCAAAACAGAGUACCAGGUACGGGCCGUUGUCAAGCACAAGAUACUGUUCAAAGCUCGACCCAAACCGAUCAUCGCCAAUGUCGGAAAAAGUGUUUAGUCGCUUUAGGUUUGCAUCUAUUUAUUGUGUCGAAAAAGUUUAAAAAAUGUAUCUUUUAAUCGUAAA